AUGGAACCCAACAACGCUGACGUUUUCCGACCUUCCUCUUCUCCCUCCUCGUCCCCCAACGCAAGACGGAUUUCCGGGAUUUUGUCACCGUCUAAUAUCAUUCAGGCUCCUUUAUCGGCACUAUUGGAAUAUUCCGGCAUCCUUCCGUCGCGCUCCUCCAACCACCACAGCCAGCCCGCUCCCGACGCCGUUAAUAAUGACGACGAGGUUUCGAUUAGGAUAAUCGGCCCCGCGGAGCAGGAGCAGCACCCCCGGGAGGAACAGCAGAGCCCGCCUCCUGCUGCGGGAUUGGUCAUCGGACUCGCGCAUUCGCAAAACGAUGCCGUGUUGCCGUCCGCGUCGCCUCGUGGAGACGCUGAGGAAAACGCGGUCUCCUCUGGGGACGGCGUUGGGAGAGAUUCGUCUUACCAGAGGUACGACAUUCAGCAUGCUGCCAGGUGGAUUGAGCAGGUCUUGCCGUUUUCGUUGCUUCUCUUGGUAGUUUUCAUAAGGCAGCAUUUGCAAGGGUUUUUUGUGACAAUUUGGAUUGCGGCUGUGCUUUUCAAGUCCAAUGAUAUUCUGAGGAAACAGACUGCGUUGAAGGGAGAGAGGAAAAUACCGGUUUUGAUUGGGAUUUCUGUUGGGUUCGCGCUUCAUGUGGUUGGUGUUUAUUGGUGGUAUCAAAAUGAUGAUCUCAUGUAUCCCUUGAUCAUGCUUCCGCCCAAGGAUAUACCGCCUUUUUGGCAUGCAAUUUUCAUCAUCAUGGUCAAUGAUACUUUGGUCCGCCAAGCUGCAAUGGUAUUCAAGUGUAUAUUGUUGAUGUAUUACAAGAAUAGCAGAGGCCGAAGUUACCGUAAGCAGGGUCAGAUGCUGACUUUAGUUGAAUAUCUACUUCUGCUUUACCGUGCCUUGUUGCCAACUCCAGUUUGGUAUCGUUUCUUCCUGAACAAAGAAUAUGGAAGCCUCUUUUCUUCACUGAUGACAGGAUUGUAUCUAACAUUUAAACUCACGUCUGUUGUUGAAAAGGUGCAAUCCUUCUUUGCUUCAGUGAAGGCGUUGUCACGUAAAGAAAUGCACUAUGGGGCUUAUGCAACAUCAGAGCAGGUCAAUGCAGCCGGUGAUCUUUGUGCUAUUUGUCAGGAGAAGAUGCAUGCCCCAAUCUUACUACGUUGUAAACAUAUUUUCUGUGAAGAUUGUGUAUCAGAGUGGUUUGAGAGAGAAAGGACCUGCCCAUUAUGCAGGGCUAUGGUAAAACAUACAGAUCUUAGGUCAUUUGGGGAUGGCUCUACUAGCUUGUUUUUCCAGUUAUUCUGA